AAUGUGCUUUAGUGGGAGUUUUUGAAUAAUGGAGACAGGGCCACCAUCAGAUGUGAAGAAAGCAUUCCUCAAGUAUACAGAAGGCAAUGCAUACAUGACAGCAGAGCAGCUUCAGCGGUUCUUGGUUGAAGUUCAGGGUGAUGUUGGUGCUUCAGUCGCCGAAGCAGAGCUCAUAGUAGAUCAGGUUUUGCAAAAGAGACGUCAUAUUACCAAGUGUAUGAGAAGCUGUCUCACUCUUGAUGACUUUCACCAUUUCCUUUUCUCAACAGAUCUCAACCCACCUAUUGCUAAUCAGGUUGAGCAAGAUAUGACAGCACCUUUGUCCCAUUAUUUCAUAUACACUGGCCACAAUUCAUAUUUAACAGGCAACCAACUAAGUAGUGAUUGCAGUGAUAUUCCUAUUGAAAAGGCACUAAAGAGAGGUGUGAGAGCAGUAGAACUUGAUGUGUGGCCGAAUUCGGCAAAAGAUGAUGUAUGCAAUGUUCUUCAUGGAAGGACCUUUACAACUCCUGUGGAGCUAAUUCAGUGCUUGAAAUCCAUUAGGAAGCAUGCCUUCUCUGCAUCUCCAUACCCUGUGAUAAUAACUCUUGAAGACCACCUUACUGAGAAUCUUCAAGCUAAAGCUGCUCAGAUGAUUGCUGAGACCUUUGGAGAGUUGCUGUUUUAUCCUGAAACUGAAUGCUUGAAAGAAUUCCCUUCACCAGAGGAACUGAAAUAUAAGAUCAUAAUAUCUACAAAACUUCCAAAAGAGAAAGGGGGGCAUGAAGUUAAAAGUAUGAAGGAAAAGGGAAUAAAUUCGUCGAAAGAAAAAGAUUUUAGUGAACAUAUAUGGGCAGAACUUUCAGCUUAUUCUGAAGAUGAUGGAACGAGCCGUGGAAAUACGAGCGAACAGAAUCAGAAUGAACAGGAACUACGCCCUCGAGAAGCACCUGCAUACAGGCAUCUAAUUUCCAUUAAUGCUCGAAAGCCAAAGGGUGGGUUAAAAGAGGCACUAAAGGUUGAUUUUGAUAAUGUUGGACGAGUUAGCUUGAAAGAGCAAAAGUUUGAAAAGGUUAUUGCAACCCAUGGGACAGAUGUUGUAAGGUUUACUCAGAAGAACAUUUUGAGGAUAUAUCCUAACGGUAUUCGGAUUGACUCCUCAAACUACAAGCCGAUGAAUGGUUGGUUGCACGGAGCUCAAAUGGUUGCACUGAACAUGCAGGGAUAUGGUAAGUCUCUUUGGUUGAUGCAUGGGAUGUUCAGAUCGAAUGGAGGGUGUGGCUAUGUCAAAAAGCCUGAUUUUCUGAUGACGAUGGGUCCAGAAAAUCAGGUAUUUGAUCCUAAAGCGAAGUUGCCAGUGAAAAAAACUUUAAAGGUCAAAGUUUAUAUGGGAGAUGGAUGGUAUUUAGACUUUAAGAGAGCACAGUUUGCUUUAUUUUCCUCACAAAAUUUUUAUAUCAGAGUUGGAAUAGCAGGAGCCCCACCUGACAAGACAAUGAAGAAAACAAAGAAAAGCGAGAACAAUUUGAUGCCCAUUUGGAACGAAGAGUUUAUAUUUCCAUUAACUGUUCCAGAACUGGCAUUGCUUCGUGUUGAAGUUCAUGACCGUAUAAUACCUGAGAAGAAUGAUUUUGCAGGUCAAACCUGUUUGCCUGUGUCUCAAUUGAGGCCAGGGAUUCAUGCAGUCCCUCUCUUUGAUCGCAAGGGAAAUAAAAUCAGUUCAAUAAGACUUCUUAUGUGCUUUGAGUUUCUGUAGAAAUUCCCAAGAUUGUUUGGAUUCAAUUAGGCAAAAUUGCUAUGAGCACUUGUUCACUUGAAGAUCAAAUGGAACACAUUUUGCAAGUUUGUAACUGUUGGAAUUUCUGGACAAUGGACUCAUAGGCUUCAUUACAUGCUUGAGCCUUUAACUAGACUUUUGUAAGAUGUGUAUCAAUAGGCUUGAUCUUCUUAUAUUUUA